AUGGGAAACCACACCGCAGAGACGCACAGUCGAAAACGCCGUCCUCAGUCUAGAGCGGGCCAAGACGCACCGCCCGCCUGGCUCGCUAUGGAUGCCCACGGGCUCAACGUCCGCUACGUGGACUACUCCUUCAGCUCUGCGUACCUCGCCUUGAGCGACGCAUCGUCGCCGUCAUCGCGCUCGCACGACCACAACGCAGACUCGCCCUCCCAGUAUGAUUCCUCGAUGCCCGCGUCGCCCACGGCGGGCGGCUUCCACGCCUCGCUCCAGAGCCCGGCCUCGACAGGCAGCCUGCCGAGCCCCAGCUACCGCCAGCUCAGCCCUUCCUCGGCGGCCGCGGCCGGGACGCGCCGCCACCCAAGCUCGGGCUUGGAUGCCGACGGCGACGCCUCCUCGCCGCGCGCGUCUCGGCAAGGCCGAAAACCCAGAUGCUCAUCAGCGCAAUCCGGCCGCGACUACCCCGUCUGCUGCCUGUACCCCGGCUGCAACGUCAAGCCGUUCAAGCGGCGGGCCGACCUGGACCGCCACUACAAGCACCGGCACGCGGCGGACUCGCAAAAGGCCUCGUUCAGCUGCGACUACCCGCGGUGCUCGCGCCGCCGGGAGCCCUUCCACCGGCUGGACCACUUCCGCGACCACCUGCGCGAGUACCACAAGGAGGACAUUGAGAAGCGCGGCGGGCGCGUCAACGAGGAGUGGCUGGAGGGCCGGCGCGUCUCGUCCUCGUGGUGGAGGUGCUCCAAGUGCCUGAAGCGCAUCUACGUCGAGCAAAGCGGCUACGACUGCCCGCACUGCAAGUCGACGUGCCAGGCGAAGCGGAAGGAGGCGCGCCGCCGAAGCUGA